CUCAUCAGCAUAUCAGUCGUUGCGGAAGCUUACGCCAGAGCAGUUCUAACAAAUCUGUCCAAAAGUAAAGUAAUCGAUCAACAGUGCGGUCAACAGUGAGACAUAAAAACUGUAACAGAAUUCAAAAAAAAAAAAGAAUCACAAACAACAAUUUGCGUUUCGAAGCCAAUCAGUCGCUCGGCAUAUCUGUCAAAUUGUCCGCCUUCGUAGCGUAAGCAAACACACACAUAGCGCUGUAAGCGUACGCGCUAGUACAACAACCAACCACCACCACAACUCAGCCUCCAAUUGUGCCGUGGCAACAACAAGCAGCAGCGCACAUAGGCGUGCUCACUCGCUCCCACAGCAUUGAGGGCUGGUAUAUGGCUGGCUGUGCGUGCGUGCGCGCUCGCUGUGUGUGAGAGAGAGUGUAGAAGCUGCUCGUUGGCAGCUAGUUUGACAGCCUUAACAGUUCAAUCUGCCGUGUGACUGCCUAUGACUGUCGCUCAACGUUGCUGAAGUCGUCAUCGUCGUUUGCUGGAGUUGUCGCUUCGCUGGGACGAUAAGCAACUGUGAUUAGUUAAUUUACUCGUUGCGUUCGCCGUGAACAGACGUGUGCGUCGCAGUCGUGUGUAACAGUAGUCGAAAGCAAGCAAGUAGACAAGCAAAGAAGAAGUAGAAAAACGAAAUAAACGUGUUUACCUCGUCGACCAAGAAACAAGUGGAAGCAAAGUGGACCGAGCAGUGCAAGCGUGAACGCCUACGGUUUACCGUUAACAAAAUAUAACACGAAUAUUUCAAGUGACAAGUGUUUGAAUACUAAAGAUACAUUACCAAACAUUUUUAAAAAUAAAAAAUAAAUUCUGAAAUAUUUUAUUCAAAAAUUCGACAAACACACCAAUGCAAGUGUGACAUUUUCUGCAACUUUCCAAUUGUGCAAAAUAAAACAAAAUAUUAUUAAACUCCGCGUUUUCCACAACGUCGCUGAAUCAAAACCAAAAUUGCCACGCCGCUACCAAUGGCCCUAGAGGAUCGCUGCAGUCCGCAAUCUGCUCCAAGUCCACCUGGCCUACCGCAAUCACCGCACCAGCCUCAACGCCUCAGCCAACAACAACAGCAAAUACAACAACUGCAAUAUAGCCCAACUGCCGGCAGCACCGUUUUGGACAUGAGUCUGCAUACACAUCCGCCGCCACCACCACCACCACAUGUGGCCACGGCUACUCCAACGCCCACAAUGUUGCCACAUCCUGUAAGCGCGGCCAGCAAUGCCGCCGCUGCUGCUACGCUCUAUCACCAGCACCAGCAAUUGCAGCAUUUGCAUCAUCUACAACAAUUACAACAACUACAUCAGCAGCAAUUGGUGAAUGCCGCCGCUUUCCAUCAUCAUCCCGGUUUCGAUGCGGCUGCCGCGACCGCUUUAGCGGCGGCCAAUCACGCUGCCACAUUGCAUCAGCGUUUGGCGGCCUCACCAGGCGCGACCUCCACACCGUCAUCCACACCCGCUUCGACUAUGACGAUCAAGGAGGAGGAGAAUGACUCGAUUAUGGGUGAUAGUUUUCAUGGUGAUGCGCUUGCUGGUAGCACGCAAAUGCGUGGUAACACAACGGAGGAUGACGAUGCGGAGGAUGAGGCGGAAGAUGAAGAGGACGAUAUCGAUGUGGAUGAUGUGGAUGAUGCAACACCGAAUGGGGCUACACAACGUACACCGCCACCCGCACAUCAACAAUCCGCCAAACCAACACUCGCCUUCUCGAUCUCCAAUAUACUUAGCGAUCGUUUUGGUGGCAAUGAAGCGGGCAGUCGCAACGCCAAUGAGUCGCUUGGCGCCAGCGCCGCAUCAAAACAAGCGCAUUUGCAUACGAAUAGCAUUUUCCGACCUUUCGAUGCCGCACGCUCCGCCACACCAUCUGCCUUUACACGCGUCGAUCUGCUCGAGUUCAGUCGACAGCAACAAGCGGCGGCCGCCGCCGCCACUGCGGCUAUGAUGCUGGAACGCGCCAAUUUCUUGAAUUGUUUCAAUCCAGCCGCCUAUCCACGCAUCCAUGAGGAGAUAGUCAACAGUCGCAUGCGACGCAGUGGUGUCCUGCCACCAAACGCUAUGAAAAAUGGUGAGUCUGGUGCAAACGCUAUUUCAACUACUGCCGUCGGCGGUAUGGGCGCUAUGGAAAAGUCCGCUUUAGGCUCACUUUGCAAGGCAGUCUCACAGAUUGGUCAAACUGUCUCCGCGCCAGCCUGUUCAAGCGCCUCCUCUGCGGCCAGCGCAUCGAGCAUAGCCAGCCCGCCACCCGCUUCCAAUGCAUCAAGCGCGUCCUCGUCCACAUCGGCGGGCAGCUCACUCAAUUCAUCGCCCAGCAGCCGCAACUUGCCCAGCAAAAGCAGUAGCCCGCAGCCUAUACCGCCGCCAUCGGCUGUGAGUCGGGACUCUGGCAUGGAAUCGUCCGAUGACACACGCUCCGAAGCCGGCUCCACGACCACGGAUGGUGGCAAGAAUGAAGUGUGGCCGGCGUGGGUGUAUUGUACGCGCUACAGCGAUCGACCAAGUUCUGGUCCACGCUAUCGUCGCCCCAAGCAGCCGAAGGACAAAACUACUGACGAGAAGCGACCGCGCACCGCCUUCUCCAGCGAACAGUUGGCACGUUUGAAGCGCGAAUUCAAUGAAAAUCGUUACCUCACCGAGCGUCGUCGUCAACAGCUGAGCGCCGAAUUGGGUCUGAAUGAGGCGCAAAUCAAGAUUUGGUUCCAGAAUAAACGCGCUAAAAUCAAGAAAUCUUCAGGCUCGAAAAAUCCACUCGCGCUGCAGCUAAUGGCACAAGGUCUCUACAAUCACACCACAGUGCCGUUGACGAAAGAAGAGGAGGAGCUUGAGAUGCGCAUGAACGGACAGAUACCGUAAGCAUCACUCUAAAGAGAGGAGCAGUGAGCUGAAGUUGUAGUUCAUAGUUGAUAUGCGUAUGCUCUGAGCUUCAGGUAUUUCAAACGUGACGACGCGUGCAAUAAUUAGAGUAGGGAGGGGCGAGUAACAGUUGCAAAAGCGAUGUAAAGUAUGAAAAUUAUAAAAAAAAGAUUAUAAUAAAAGUUUGUUAUGUGAUAUAAAUAUACAUGCACGUAUGUAUGUAUAUGAGAAAAGCAAACAUGAUUUGAGAAACAUAAAUUUAAAAAAUUAUUUAAAAAAAUGUUAAAAAUAAAAAAAAUUACAAAUCAAUAAAAAAAUUAACUAUUGUAAAUACUAGUUAUAGUUUCUUCUUUAUACUCAAAAUUCUACUCUUCGUACAUUUAGUAUCCUAAAAUAUCGCUUACGCGACACUCCCCGCUCACAAAAUCGCAGCACUGGCUGUUUUUUCAUUUCUUGUAAUAAAUUGUAAAUUAUUAUAUUUAUUAAAAUUAGUUAAGUAAAUUACAUAUUUAGUUGUAAAAUUAUGCGUUUUAUUCAUUUACAUUGUAAAUCCAGCAUCCCCUGCCCCGCAUAACCACACACGCACACACACCCACUUUUACCUGCAAUUGUAUUAUAGCAACAUUUUAUUUUUGUCUGCUACAUAGCUUUUAAGUAAAUUAAAUUUAUUUGUUUUUAUUUUGCUGUUUUUGUAGUGGUACUUUUAGCUUAACUUUUAGGACGCUACACAUAUAUAUACAUAAGUUGAAAUUAAUCUAAGCAGCGCA